GGGCGCAGCCUGUGUUUGAUUUUGGUUAGCAACGGAGGGCUAGCGUACGGAGCUGCGAUUAGAUUACAGGCAGAAUGGCGAUGCAUCAUUCGUGUCAUUGCAUGUUAUCAGAAAGUGUAUUUGUAGACGUGUAACUUAAUAUGUAAGUGUGUCCAUAGCAUGUUCAGUAACCCUGUAACUUGCUAGAGGAGCGGUAUAGAGCCACCGGUAGCAUUGCAGAUGGUGUGAUGGAUAGAGAAACGGGCCAUCUGCCCAUCUCAGUUCAGGAUGUUAUCUCUUCGCUUGUCUGGGUCAAAGUCAUCGCCCUGGGAACAGCAGCGGCGGGCAAAACCUGCAUCAUUAAACAUUUCUGCGAAGACAAGUUUUCUGCAGUGUAUCAGCCAACAGUAGGGGUGGACUAUGGGUUCAAGAUUCAGAAGGUCAAGAAUCAUGAAUUGAGGGUUCAUCUUUGGGAUCUGUCGGGGCAACUGGAGUACGCAGAAGUACGGAGUGAACUGUACGGUGGAACGCAGGCCUGCAUUUUGGUAUUUGACGUGACGAACCGUAACUCGUUUGAAAGCCUGGAAUAUUGGUUGAAGGAGGCAGCGAGACAUGGUGGAGGGGCUGUGCAUACGGUGGUAGUGGCAAACAAGAUUGACAUCAGAGGCAAGCGGGCAGUCUCUGCUGAGGAGGCCAUCAAAUGGGCUGCAGCUAAGAAACUCAAAUAUUAUGAGACAUCAGCUAUGAGCGGGGAGGGCAUUCUUAGGAUGUUCUGUGAAGUUCUGGAGGUGGCUUCGGCCAAUAUUUCUAAGGACCAGAGUGGCAUUGCGGGAACAUGAGCUUCCAGGGCUUGCUUCAACUCCGCUCCACAGAUUAAGAUUGCAAUAUGGCAGAAUUUCUGCACUCGCCCCAGUGCUAAGAAAUUGCAUCAAAAUGAAGACAACAUUGAGCCAACUGCCUGAGAACAUCUCAGGUAUGAGCUUUGUUGUAAUGGGGCCUUGAACAGAUGCUGCAAGUAUAGCAGAAAUGACCAUUUCAUGUGGUACAGUCGGAGAAACCUCAAGGACUGAACUGUAUUUAACGAUACAGUGGAUGUGUGCGCUGUAUUGCCAAUACGGGUACUACCCACUCACUGAUUGAGGAGAGGCUGCAUGACGGGCACCUGUGUCAACUAGGUUUUCGGUGCCGAAACACAGAGGUUACAUUCCUGUGAAGAUCGGUUCUAAGUGCUCUGCACAAUGGGCUAAAGCACCUGUACAUGCCCAUGCAUAUGCGAUGUGUCACCCCAAAAGCAUAAUCUUGACUUCUUGGCAGUUUUUUGCACAAAAGAAAUGUUUCGCUGCAGUAGCAGCUCACAAUAAAAUACAGACUUUUUGUUUAAAUCUGCCGUCAGUUUCUCCCAAGUCUGGAGCACUCUGUCUAGCAAGUACCUUGAACUUAGAUUUUGUACAUUUAUUUCGGGUAUGAGCAUCAUGGCUCUUGAGGAGUGAACAAUGCUCAGAUGUAUGUACCGUUGACUCCCAUUAUAAGAAUUAAGAACACCUAUAACAUACGUGUACUCUUAUAAAGAACAAAUUCUGAGAAUCCCAAUUUCUUGAAUUCUAGUGUUUUUGUUAUUUACUCCUUUUGUAACAAAGUCUUGGUCAUAGUAAUUUGUUUGGUCCCUGUAAUUAUAAAAAGAGUUAACUGUAUAGAGAUGAACCUGCGUUCAAUAUUUUUUUUUAAUCUGGCUUAAGAAUAGGUUGAGGGGGUGAAAUUUCACACGUGCGGUUCAGAUACAAAAAUAAAUUUGGGCAUUGACACAUUA